AUGCCGCUGGUUCCUCGUUUUGAGCUAUCCCAAACAUCGUCAGAAGUGAUAGUCCUAGUCUUUGUGAAGACCAUUCGCUUAGAAUCUAUUGAAGUUGUGUUGGACGAAGAAUCCGUCCUUCACUUUCAUGCCCAUCCAUACUCUUUGACUCUGAAUUUUUCUCCUCAUCAAUUUGAUGCGGAAGCACAAGGCAUUGUUUCUGCCCAAUAUGAUCCCUCUAUCCAAACCAUAAGCAUACCCAUCAUGAAGGCCAACAAAGGUUCAAUAUGGCCAAAUCUGGACAUGACGGCAAGAUUGAUGCAUCCCAAAGAGAUUCCCAAACAAUGGCUGCAUGCCGUCGUCGAUUCUACAGAGAAUGACGAAAAAACAAUUAUGAAUGACAAUAGUAGUGGAAACGACGCAACGCUGACAGAUGCAAACACAGAUACGACCCAGACCAUCUCGGCACCUUCGUCGUUGUCGUCGUCGUAUGGAUACGGAUUUGGCAAUCUCUUUCAAAACAUUUUUACUGAUUAUUGUCGGAGUGGGGUAGCCCAAGAAAUGUUGUCUUUGCCGGAUCCAGAAAAUACAGAACCUUCCAAGCGGCAAUCCCAACGUAUUGACCAAGAACAAGAGGACUUUGAUCCAGAUCGGUACGAUUAUGACAUUCAGGAUGACUACUUGUAUGAAAUGGUGAUCGACUUUGUACCCUUUUGGAAACAACCAAAAAAAGGCAGGGCACACGCAAAUUCCGAAAGCAAUGUUGACGAUCUUUCAGAAUCCCUAGAAACUAAACUGAACAUUGGUAACAAGGCAUCCACAUCCGACAGUCCGUUUACUGCUGACGAAAAGCUUCAAUUGUCGACGAUACCAUAUCCUCUGAUUCCUGAUCACCUCUUGCGGAUACCUACAGGCACAGGUAGCGAAUCGCUCUGGUGUGGGCUGUUGGACUUGUUAAUACCCUAUGUUUACGACCACUUGAUGACCAUGGGAGAUCCAACAGUGGAAUCCGCUUGGACCAUUACCAAACUCUCGUGCAGUCUCAGUUGGCUCGAUCCUCCAAAGACCGUCCAAGAGGCUCUCAUUGGAAGCACACGACGAAUGUUGAUUUAUCCAUACUGGCGUAAUUUGAACUUUUCUGUGACAGUAUGGGAACACCUCCUUUCGAUUCUUGAAUCAAAUAAUGGUUUGCAUUCUGUCAUCAAAUGUUUGUUGCAACUGCGGUCGAUUCUCGAAAAGUCCGAGUUCUACUAUGCUGGCAAUAAAGUAUUUGUAGACCCAUAUCUCUAUUGGGUACAGCACCAAGAUGCUGCAGGACUGACACGAGUAGCCAACAAAGUUCGAAACGAGCUCGACAUGGGAACUCUGAAGGGGGAUGUCGAUUUGGAUUUGGCCAUUUAUGAAAAUCUCGUGUUUGGAGAAGAGAAUGAGUCCGGCCAUGAUGACACUGCAUCAUCUUCCGACGAGUCCGAUUCGGAAGAAGAAGAAGACGACGACGACGAUUCAACAAUAGAUAGUAAUUCGAAAGCAGAAGAAAACCAAAAAGAUCUACAGCAGCAACAAACGACGGAAACUUCAGAAAUCCAGAAAGUGUCUUCAACAUUAUUGGAUUUGGAAGAUGACGAAGCUCCAAGAUCUCAUGUUCUGAAUAUUGUUGAGGAACCAUCAUCGGAGCCGUCGGUUGGUGGCAAGCUCCUAAUCAAAGAAUUGAAUUGA